GUGUUUUUCAUAAUCAGGUCAUUCCAGAAAGAUGAAGAUAUCUAAUGUCUUUACAUUCACAGCCUACUGGCAUUUACUGAACGCAUUUACUGUCACAGUUCCCAAAGACCAGUAUGUGAUAGAGUAUGGCAGCAAUGUGACAAUUGAGUGCAGAUUCCCAGUAGAAAAACAAUUAGACCUGGUUUCAUUAGUUGUCUACUGGGAAAUGGAGAAUAAGAAAAUUAUUCAGUUUGUUCAUGGAGAGGAAGACCUGAAAGUUCAGGACAGUAGCUACCAUCAGAGGGCCCGGCUGUUAAAGGACCAACUCUUCUUGGGAAGUGCGGCACUUCAGGUCACAGACGUGAAACUGAGGGACGCAGGAGUUUACCGCUGCACAAUCAUCUACGGUGGUGCAGACUACAAGCGGAUUACUUUGAAAGUCAAUGCUCCAUACCGCAAAAUCAACCAAAGAAUUUCCGUGGACCAAGCCACCUUGGAACAUGAACUAACGUGUCAAGCUGAGGGUUACCCCAAGGCUGAAGUCAUCUGGACAAGCAGUGACCAUCGAGUCCUGAAUGGCAAGACCACUAUCACCAAUUCUAAGAGGGAGGAGAAGCUUUUGAAUGUGACCAGCACGUUAAGAAUCAACGCAUCAGCUAACGAGAUUUUCUAUUGCACUUUUCGGAGCAUAAAUCCCGAGGAAAACAGUACAGCUGAGUUAGUCAUUCCAGAAUCACCUCUGGUAUUUACCCCAAAUGAGAGGACCCACCUGAUGAUUGUAGGAGCCUUCCUGUUUUCCUUUGUUAUAAUGUUGAUGGGCAUCUUCUGUUUAAGAAGAAAAGGGGGAAUGAAAGAUGUGGAAAAAUGUUGCAUCCAUAAUACAAACUCAAAGAAGCAAAAUGAUCCACAGUUUGAGGAGACGUAAUCCAACGUGGACGCUUCUGAUCUUCAAGCAGGGAUUCUCAGUCUGUGGUUUGGGAGUUCCUCAGGCCUGAGCGCGACUAGAGGAAGAAAUGAGCCCAUGGGAUAUAGACAGACGAUGUGGCACUUAGAAGGCCCAAACACUAAUGAAAAUGGGAACCUGGGGGAAGAAGGGAAGAACAAAGACAGAUGGAGGAGAAGGGGACCUAAAAAGAGACCUUGGUACUUCAAAAGGACUGAGAGGCUCAUCGGCACACGUGAAAGGGAGAAGAGGCACUUCUGCAUAAGGAGCCUCCCAGCAAAUCAUCCAUGGCUCAUCCCGGGAAAAUGAGUUGAGAAUCCCUGAUGCAAUGGUCAGUUCCUGCAGAAGUGCUCUGCACCUGCACUCAGUGUCUGGAUUUGUCUUUUGUGUGACUAA